AUGUAUGAGGAGUGGAAAGCGUUGGAAGACUUCGAGGUCCUGGACAGGAACUUCCAAGCACUGCUGGCGCUUGCAGUAGCAACAUCAUGGUUCACGAAGGAGCAGUUGGACGACCUUGACACGUGGCUAGGCGAGGUGGCCGAUUGCGGAGAAGCAGAGGAUUGGAUGCAGCACUUCCCGGAGGAGGAGCUGCGAGAAGUCGUGCUCGACAAGCUCAGGGCAAGAGAAGCGCAGGUGGUCUUCGACACU